AUGGCUAUCGCAGAUAUUGUGCAGCAUGACUACAUCUUUAAAUUGCUCUUGAUUGGUGAUUCUGGCGUUGGAAAAUCCUGCCUUUUAUUGCGGUUUGCGGUAAGAUAUUUGCGUUCCACUAUUAGACACUUAAAGGAUGAUACGUUUUAUGAAAAUUUCAGCAGCACUAUCGGUGUUGAUUUUAAAAUUCGCACCGUUGAUUUGGAUGGUCACCAUAUUAAACUCCAAAUUUGGGAUACGGCUGGGCAAGAACGAUUUCGAACAAUGACAGUCGCGUAUUACAGAGGAGCUCAUGGUAUCAUCGUGGUCUAUGAUGUCACCUCCGAAGAGAGUUUCCGGAAUCUGGGCUUGUGGAUGGAGGAAAUCAAACGGCAUGCACGUAGCGAUGUUAUCAAAAUCCUCGUCGGCAACAAGUCAGACUUGGAGGAUCGUCGAAAGGUCACUUAUGAGCAAGGCGCGGAGUUCGCAAAUCUUCAUGGCCUGCAGUUUUUCGAGACCAGCGCGAAAAGCGCUUCUCGAGUAGAGGAAGCCUUUUUCUCUAUGGCUGAACAACUCCUUAAAGCUUUCCGGCAGCAGCGUCAACUACAAAUGCAACAGCAAUCACAGCCCAUCAUCAUCACGCAAACGGAACCCGUCAAGGCGAGUUCCCAAUCAACCGGUUAUUGUUGUUAA